CAGCCACAUAAGGGAAUGGAGAUGGUAGUGGUCCAGAAGAUGGAACCCAAUCUUCAACAUGGUUUCAAAGUCCACGCCAUCAUGUCUGACACAGAGGAAGUUGAUCAGGAAUACGAUGCUGUAGAAGUGGAGGUAGUAGAAGAAGUAGAAGUGGCCCCUGAGGCGGCCCCUCAGCCAGAGGCAGAGCCAGAGCAACAGCCAGAGCCAGAGCCAGAACCACAGCCAGAGCCAGAGCCAGAACCAGAACCAGUGGUAGAACCAGAGCCAGAACCAGAGCCUGAGUCUGAAGAGGAGAAGCCAAAAUUCAAGCCCACCGCUCCAAAGAUCCCAGAGGGUGAUAAAGUGGACUUUGAUGACAUCCAGAAGAAACGUCAGAACAAGGAUCUGAUGGAGCUGCAGGGCCUCAUUGAUGCUCACUUUGAGUGCAGAAAGAAGGAGGAAGAGGAGCUGAUUGCACUCAAGGAGAGGAUUGAGAAGCGUCGUGCAGAGAGGGCUGAGCAGCAGAGGAUCAGGGCUGAGAAGGAUAAGGAGCGUCAGGCCAGACGUGAGGAGGAGAGGCGGAUCAAGCAAGAGGCAGAUGACAAGAAGAAAGCAGAUGAGGAUGCCAAAAAGAAGUCUGCUCUGUCCAGCAUGGGCUCCAACUACAGCAGUCAUCUGCAGAGGGCUGACCAGAAGAGAGGAGGAAAGAAGGAGACUGAGAGAGAGAAGAAGAAGAAGAUCCUGGCCGCUAGACGCAAGCCACUCAACAUUGACCAUCUGAGUGAAGACAAGCUGAGGGAUAAGAUCACUGAGCUGAGUGACUGGAUGCGCCAGCUGGAGUCUGAGAAGUUUGAUCAUAUGGAGAGACUGAAGCUGCAGAAGUACGAGGUUACAAGACUGCGUAAGAGAGUGGAGGAGCUCAGUAAAUUCAGCAAAAAGGGAGCUGCAGCUCGCCGCAGAAAGUAGAUUGGUUCACUCCUUACUGCUCAGAAACCAAAGUGUGGUGACGGACAGACGCAAGACGAGACAACGUACGCUGUGGCACAGACUGCCCCAUUGGAGAAACUAUUAAUGCUGAGGUACACCCUGCAGUUACCCAACCUUGCCCUGAUACAUGCAACCAGGAGCCUGUAGAACCUGCUGUCCCAUAGGAAGAGAAACAACUCCAUCUGUUUGCCAUCAUGCUUCCAUACCCUCCACUGUUUGGUUCUCAGUGUUUUUGUAAAUAAAGUGUGACUCUUCAAACCAUGUCAGUAGAUCUGUUGUUAUUCAGAAACCAAUAAAGUUCUGUAUUUUCA